AUGCGCUCCCGGGUGCUGGGAGGCGGUGCUGAAAGGCAGCAGGAGCCUGAGAAGGUGUCAGAGAGUCCGGAGGAAGCAAGGACGAACUUCUUUGAUAGCCUUGAUAUUUCGUGCUUCUACGCAGUCACAUCCUUCUUGUUCGUCAAUGAAUUGCCCCGGUGUGCGGCGGUAUCCCGCCGCUUUCGACAGUUGACGGAGUCUGAUGACUGCUUGGCCCGGAACGAAGGGUUAACUAUAGACGAUCAUCUCUCUUCUAUGGUUAAGGACCCGCUGGAGUCAAGAUCCGCGUUAGUCGCCAGAGCUCUACAUCUUCAGUCGCACUCACCAAAAUUACGUACUUUGGUACUUUCGUGUGUAGGCCAUGAGCCUCCAACUCCGCUUCUCGAGAAAGUUAUACGGACGAACUCGCCUCACCUAAAGUCUCUGUGGGUGUACUCUGGCGCUGGCGGCUACGCUACGGUCCUUCAAGGAUGCGUCAGUUGGAUGCACGAACUGCAGGACGCAGGUCUGAUUGGUGUGGGGAUGGACACUAUCUUCGUCAAAAAUUUUCUGCGCCAGCUGCUUUUGAUUUCAAGGUCAAAGCUUCGUCGUCUCAGCGUAGGCGUGGGAGACACUUCCGUGGAUUGCCUUCGGCGGGCCCUGGCUGAUACUGGCAGGAUGCAGGCGAAUUCCGAGAGUAUCUUUGCUUCCCUUCAGGACCUUUACAUCAACAUGGGAGAGUACCCUCGCGGCCUGCUGUUCCUCGCAAACCUUAUUGAAGCGGUCAAAAAGGGAUUUGAGAAGUGCAGGUUGCAUCUCGAGGGGACCCUUGUUAUUCGGAGCUAUCCAGCAGUUUCGUUGGAGGAAGAGUUACAGGGAGCAGCAGGCACCUCUGGAGGGGCCGCUCAAGUGGAGGACGUGUACAACGCCGUUUUGGGGUAUAACUUACAGAACGCAGAGGAAGGUAGCACGAGCCUGUGCUCGAAGAUCGAUGAGAAUGUGCUCUAUUAUAGUUUUUCUCUCCCACGCCAGGAUGCGCAGCCCGGGAGAAGUGAAGCGGAGACGAAUCAAACAUGCUCUCCAGAGGGGCUCGUGUGGCUGUCCGCCGAUCGUUUGGUCGAAUUUCGGAUCGAGCUCUCUGCGUGCGAAACAUCCGGAGCAACCGGCUGUUCGAGUACCGGGGUGGGGGGUGGAGGCCUUCAGCAGCGCCUUGUCUCAACAUUCUGUUCGGAUCAACAGUCCAUCCUGAACCUUUACAACAAAACGUUUGUGAAUCGAGAUUCUCUGCCGGUCGUUGCGGUUCACACUCAUCGGCCUCUAGGUGAUUUGCCCAGUCAUAUCCGCCAAAGAUUCACUACAUCAGCUCGUUCGUUCGCGUCAGUUUUCGACGGCAUGAUCCUCGAGGUACCCAUGAGUUUACUGACAGAGGUACCUCAAGUGCAUGAGGGUUCAGAGAGGCAUGAUGGGCAAGAGAGUCAAGCCGCAGUCGCAGCAGCCGCAACGGUGUUAGAUAUUCUAGGAGAAGGGAAUCUUUCGAAGUUCUCUGGUAUUCAGCUUGACUUGUCCGCUUCAUGCUUUUCAACAAAAGAGGCGGGUAUAUACCCGUACGCUAGCUCCGUAAAGAGUAUUGUGGAGUACAUGGGGGCCCUUGGCAUGGGAUACGGGUCGUUGUGGCUCCUCGUUCUGAAAUGCCCAAGGAAUAGAGGAAUUGAAGUGGAUGUGAAGAAAUUCAUUGAAAUGCUUAUAAAUGCCAACGGCGAACCAGCCGCUGUGGAAUGGAUUAUACAGAGAAAUGCCAGUUUUGGGGAGCCUUUUUUCCGUGAACUAGCUGACCAAAUUCAGCUGCUCGAUUUCUUUUUACACUCCUGCAAGUAUAAACGUCAUGAAUGGCUAUCGACCUGGUGGGACUUUAUCAUUUACACAAAGUCGUGA